AUGAAAGGAGAAGUAAUUGAACCUGAGAAUUUGGAUGAAGCAAUGCAGUUCUUCGUGCAGCAACCGAUAGGAGCAAGAUUACAUGUGUUCAGUCCGGAGCUUGAUGAUCAUGUUGACGAAGAGGGAUUUUACCUUGGUCCGUCAUCUGAGGGAACUCGCUAUGUUGGACUUAGAGACGUGAUGGUAGUUACAGUGAAACGAACUGAUGGAGAGCAGCCCUUUGCGACUGUGAAGAUACACUACAACAAGAAGGAUACAUUUGUCAAAGUGGCUUUGAACGCUAUGUUUCUCCAAGCAUCACCUGACGAGUCGGAGGUCAUAAGUCCAGGACCUCUGCUUGUCGACUAUUUUCUCCCACGCUUAUCUAUCAACUAA